UGUCAUUGUUAUGACCAAUAAUAGUGUUGUACUUACAAGCUCCGUAUUGAUUCCUCUGCACUUAAGCCCUGUGCACCCGGAAUUUAUGGAACAUUGCCCACAAGUGAUUGCAAAAUGAAGUUACGGGCUUUUGUUUGUUUUUGUUUGUUUGUUUGUUUUCAAAUAAACUGUUUUCAGUAGAGAAGAAAAAUAAGUUCCACCAAGUUUUUAUUCAUGAUUUUCCUUCACCUCACAAGAGCGAUGAAGUAGGUCAUGGAACUAGGCUAGAAUCUAAACUGGAAAUCUUUCCCUGGCUGCUCAUCGUGCAACUAUUUAAUACACACGUACUUACACAGGUGCCCUGCCAAGAGGGGCUUAUAGAGUCAGAGUUUGCAGGCACCAAAGAUUUUAAAUUAAAACGCACCUAGAGGGCUUAAAGACAUAAACCUGCCAUCGUGGAAACAGCAAAACUUGGACAAGCUUUUUUAAUUUUGUACUGAGUGAAAGCAAAAAGCAAACGGAGAAGUGUAUCUGCUUGUUUCUAUAUCUCAUUGUGCUCCUUUUGAUAACUCACCUUAGGAAUGAAGCCACCAUUAUGUCCUCAGUCAGUGAAGUAAAUGUUGAUAUCAAAGAUUUCCUAAUGAGUAUCAAUUUGGAGCAGUAUCUCUUACAUUUCCACAAGUCUGGCUUUCAUACUGUGAAGGCCUGUGCUGCAAUUGAUGAUAGCGUGCUACUCAGAAUUGGAAUAUCACCCACGGGACAUCGCAGGAGAAUACUGAAACAGUUACAGAUGAUCUUGUCAAAGAUGCCGGAUAUCCCGGUCUAUGCGAAUGUUCAUAAAACAAAGAAGAGUGACGACUCUUCCAAGGAUUGUCGUGUUCCAUCUUCCGCUCAGAACGUUGGUCGAGAAAUCUCCAACUCUCAUAGUGUUCACCCACAUGGCUCAGCGCAGUUGGAGACUGUUACAAAAGGUCUUGAGCAAAAUGACAUUACUAUGGGAAAGAGCCAGUCUCUUAAGUCAGACAGUAAGCUGUCACUUCCUCAACAUGACUUUCCCAUUCCAGAUCAAGAACUGCACCUGAAUUUGGAUUCUUCUCAGGAUUCUAUGUUUGGUAGUGAAAAUAUUAAAUCAGCAUCUUUGAUGGCAAAGAAGGUUGUGGAUUGUGCAACUGAACAGCAGGAAGCAGAAAAAGCUGAGCUGAUGUCGGACACUAUCCAAAAGCUGCCUACUAUGGACUCGGAGUGUCUUUCUCCCCUUGGCUCCUCAGCAUCAGACACAAAUUCUGUAAAUGGAUCCAACGGUGUAUUGGAAUCAUCCACACCAUCCUCAUUCUUUCAAUUUCAAGGGGAAAUGGUUAUAAAUGAUUUGUAUAUACCAUCAUCGCCAAGUUUGGCACCCAUGAGAAGUCGCAGUAAGUUGGUUUCAAGACCAUCUCGCUCUUUUCUGUUAAGGCAUCGGCCUGUACCUGAGAUUCCAGGGCCAACAAAAGGAGCUUCAGGGAGCUAUUUCCGUGAGAGAAGAAAUAUUGCUACCUCACCUGGAAAGUCUGCCACACAGCAGAAAAAUUUAAAUGAGGAGAAUUCAUCUUCCAUCUUUCCUUAUGGAGAGACCUUUCUCUCUCAGGGACUGGAACAUUCCAAGAAGAGAUGUGUGAAAAAUGAGUUUUGGGCUCAUGAAGAAACACUCAAAGGGGAGACAAGUACUGUGGGGACCUCUGUAUGCAUCAAAUCAAGCAUAUAUGAUAACAGGAAGGAGAAUACAAAUGAAGUUAAAGUGGAAGACAUUUGGAUACCUCGAGAGGACAAAAGCAAUCCUUCGACAGAGCCUGCUUCCGAAUCAGAAUACUCAACAGUGGAAGAAUGUUUUCAGAGUUUAAGAAGAAAAAAUUCAAAGGCAUCAAAAUUGAGGACGCAAAAAUCAGUGAAUGUGGACCCAGUUAAUAGGCACAGUUACCCAUUAAGCUCAACAAGUGGAAAUGCGGAUUCAUCAGCCAUUUCCUCCAACGCCAUAUCUCCCUAUGCUUGCUUCUAUGGUACAUCUGCCAGGAAGGUGAAAUCCGGGUGGCUGGAUAAGCUCUCCCCACAAGGAAAACGCAUGUUUCAGAAGAGAUGGGUGAAAUUUGAUGGCCUUAGCAUUUCUUACUACAACAAUGAAAGGGAGAUGUAUUCAAAGGGAAUAAUUCCCCUGUCUGCCGUAUCAACAGUACGAGUUCAAGGUGACAACAAAUUUGAAGUUGUUACAACACAGAGAACUUUUGUCUUCAGAGUAGAAAAAGAAGAGGAGAGGAAUGACUGGAUCAGUAUACUGUUAAAUGCACUGAAAACACAGUCCCUUACUUCUCAGUCUCAAGCAGUCGUUGCACCUGAGAAAUGUGGAUAUCUUGAAUUGAGAGGUUAUAAAGCCAAAAUUUUUACUGUGUUAAGGGGAAGCAGCGUGCUGUUAUGCAAAAAUGAACAGGAUUUUAAGAGUGGACUGGGCAUUACUGUCAUUCCUAUGAAUGUGGCAAAUGUAAAACAAGUGGACAAAACUGUAAAACAAUCAUUUGAGAUAAUCACUCCCUAUAGGAGUUUUAGCUUUACAGCAGAGUCUGAACAAGAGAAACAAGACUGGAUUGAAGCUGUGCAGCAAUCAAUAGCAGAAACUCUCUCUGAUUAUGAAGUAGCCGAGAAGAUCUGGUUCAAUGAAUCCAACAGGAGCUGUGCAGAUUGCAAGGCUCCAGAUCCCGACUGGGCGUCCAUCAAUCUCUGUGUUGUCAUCUGUAAGAAGUGUGCAGGACAACAUAGAUCGUUGGGACCAAAAGAUUCUAAGGUGAGAAGUCUAAAAAUGGAUGCCAGCAUUUGGAGCAAUGAACUCAUAGAGCUUUUUAUCAUCAUUGGAAACAAAAGAGCAAAUGAUUUUUGGGCUGGUAAUCUUCAAAAGGAUGAAGAAUUACACAUGGAUUCACCAGUGGAAAAGAGAAAAAACUUCAUUAUUCAGAAAUACAAAGAAGGCAAAUUCAGAAGGACCCUUUUGGCAUCUCUCACUAAAGAAGAAUUAAAUAAGGCUCUCUGUGCUGCUGUUGUGAAACCUGAUGUUCUGGAAACGAUGGCCUUGCUGUUCAGUGGAGCAGACGUCAUGUGUGCAACUGGAGACCCUGUUCACAGCACCCCCUAUUUGCUGGCCAAGAAGGCUGGGCAGAGUCUGCAGAUGGAAUUUCUUUACCACAACAAAUUCUCAGAUUUCCCCCAACAUGACACUCAUUCCGAGGGCGGAUUAAGUCAGGAGGCCUCCCAGUCCACGUUCCUUUGUGACUUUCUGUAUCAAGCUCCUACUGCGGCUUCUAAACUGGCUUCCGAGAAAAAACUGCUGGAAGAGAUAAGUAAGAAGUGGUGUGUUUUGGAAGGAGGCUUCUUGAGUUACUAUGAAAAUGAUAAAUCUACCACACCUAAUGGCACCGUUAAUAUCAGUGAGGUGAUUUGCCUGGCUAUACACAAAGAAGACUUCUAUUUAAAUACUGGGCCUGUCUUUAUUUUUGAGAUCUACCUACCCUCUGAGCGUGUGUUUUUAUUUGGAGCUGAAACAUCUCAAGCUCAAAGAAGGUGGACAGAGGCUAUAUCCAAGCAUUUUGUUCCCUUUGUUGCUGAAAACUUAACAGAAACUGACUACGACUUGAUUGGCCAGCUCUUCUACAAAGACUGCCAGGCACUGGAUCAGUGGAGAAAAGGCUGGUUUGCUAUGGACAAAUGCAAUUUGCAUUUUUGCCUUCAGAAUCCAGAAGUUCAGGAAGACAGGAUGCACUUAAGAAGACUUCAAGAGUUAACAAUCAGCACAAUGGUUCAAAAUGGAGAUAAAUUGGAUGUCUUACUCUUGGUGGAAAAAGGCCGUACAUUAUACAUCCAUGGGCACACCAAGUUGGAUUUCACAGUCUGGCAUACAGCAAUUGAAAAAGCAGCAGGUACAGAUGGUAAUGCAUUACAAGAUCAGCAGCUCAGCAAAAAUGACGUACCCAUUAUCGUGAACAGCUGCAUAGCAUUUGUUACACAGUAUGGCUUGGGAUGCAAGUACAUCUAUCAAAAGAAUGGUGAUCCUUCGCACAUUAGCGAACUCCUGGAAAGUUUCAAAAAGGAUGCAAGAAGCGUUAAGUUGAGGGCUGGAAAGCAUCGGCUUGAAGACGUGACGGGUGUGUUGAAGCGCUUCCUCUGUGACGUUGAUGAUGCGCUGCUGGCCAAGGAGCUCUACCCUUACUGGAUCUCUGCUUUAGAUGCACAGGAUGACAAGGAAAGAAUAAAGAAGUAUGGGGCGUUUAUACGCACUCUCCCAGGGGUCAACCGAGCAACGUUGGCAGCUCUCAUUGAACACCUUUACAGGGUUCAGAAGUGCUCAGAAAUCAAUCACAUGAAUGCCCAUAAUCUGGCCUUAGUCUUUUCAUCAUGUUUGUUUCAAACGAAGGGACAAACGAGUGAAGAAGUGAGUGUAAUUGAGGACCUGAUUAAUAACUAUGUUGAAAUAUUUGAGGUUAAAGAAGAUCAAGUCAAACAAAUGGACAUAGAGAAUAGCUUUAUUACCAAGUGGAAAGACACUCAAGUUUCCCAGGCUGGAGAUUUGCUCAUUGAAGUGUAUGUAGAAAGGAAGGAACCUGACUGUAGCAUUAUCAUCCGGAUAUCUCCUGUAAUGGAAGCGGAGGAAUUAACUAAUGACAUAUUAGCAAUUAAAAAUAUCAUUCCUGUUAAAGGUGAUGUUUGGGCCACAUUUGAAGUUAUUGAAAAUGAAGAACUAGAGCGUCCUCUUCACUACAGAGAAAAUGUGUUGGAGCAGGUGCUUCAGUGGAGUUCCUUAGCUGAGCCUGGCUCUGCCUAUCUUGUGGUGAAGAGAUUCUUAACUGUCGACACAAUUAAACACUACAGAGAGAGGAGUGCUUGUGAAAGUGUCAAGGAAGGAGUUUUGAAAAUCAAAGAAGAACCAUCGAAGAUACUGUCUGGAAACAAGUUUCAAGACCGGUAUUUUGUUCUGCGUGAUGGGUGUCUGUUUCUGUACAAGGACCCAAAGAGUAGUAAACAUGAAAAAGUGUUUACCCUCAGUUCCAUGAAGUUUUACCUUGGAGUGAAAAAGAAAAUGAAGCCGCCAACAAGCUGGGGCUUAACUGCAUAUUCAGACAAGCAUCACUGGCACCUAUGUUGUGACAAUUCACAAACCCAAAUGGAGUGGAUGGCCAGUAUCUUUAUUGUACAGCAUGAAAAUGAUAUAUGGCCACCAGCUGGGAAGGAGCGAAAACGUUCAAUAACUAAAAAUCCCAAAAUCGGUGGUUUGCCGCUAAUUCCCAUCCAGCAGGAGAAAAAUAUAAUCCAGGCUCAGAGAAAUAUUGAGAGUGCAAGAGCAGAAAUGGAAAGGCUGCGGCUCAGUGAGAGGCAUGAUAAAGAGUCCAUGGACUCCAGCUUAAGGGAUCGAGCCUCCAUGGUGGCCCACUGCCUUGAGCACAAAGACGACAAGCUCCGAAGUCGCACUAAGAAACAUCGGAGCCUCAACUGCCUGGAGGACACAGAGAUAGAGGUCCCUGGGCAGCAAAAGGGCCAUAAAGGCAUGAAGAUGCUCAAGAAGACCGAGGAGAGAAACAGCAAGAUUCUUGUGGACUCAGAUCAUAAGUUACCUUCCAGAGUGAUCGAAGAGCUCAGUGUGGUCCUGCAGCGGUCUAGAACCCUUCCAAAAGACAUACAGGAUGAACAGAUGAUACAGAAAGAAGUCAAAUGAAUCGCCACACAAAUUAUUUUUUUAGAUGUUGUGUACAGUGUUCGUGUGUAAACCAGAAGCCAAGCUAUGAUUGGUGACAAUGUGUCUGUAGGCAAAUGUGGCUGUCUGAUACUUCAGACAUUCGUCUACCUGUCCUAGGGGAAAUUUGUGCAUACUUAAACAUUUAAAAGAACAUUUUAAACGAUGUAUAUAUGUGAGUAAGUGCAAGAUUAACUUAAUUUUGUUCUGAACAAAGCUUGUAAAGUUCAGCCUUAUUAACCUUGAACAAGGAUGUGUUGGGUUACUUCAAAUAGUCAACCCUUUUAAAGUAGUUGUCUGUUAAGUGCUAUAAUUUAUGAACAAAAAUCUCAAGCUGUACUGUAUUGUAUAAAACGCUGUGUUCAAAUGAAGCUUAUGAAACUGCCUGUAUCAUAUGUUGCACUUUGAGAAACCUUGUAUAGUUAGUUACCAUAAUUUUUUUAGGUUUACAUAGGGUAUACCUUAGGGAAGAGAAAGGGAAGCCAUUUGAGAAGAGCAAGAAUUUGUUCAGGCAGUUACCCUAGCAAAUGAUACAAGCAUUCUAACUUGUCAAGGAGUCAACAAACCACAGAGGCAAACUAAGAUUUGUCCCAAAACCUAUUUACGAGAAAUUGGUUGUUGAGAAAAAGUUCAGUGUCUGUUUCCCCAGAGAAGCGUGUUCAGCAAACAAAAAUAAAAAAUAGUAUGAUGGUAUUGGCGAAUCAGCCAGUUCUACGUUCACUACACUUGAGCUCUUUGUAAUGGCUGCUAAGAGGAACUGGACACUGCGUGUGCAUGGAAUAUGCCCCCGAUGCCAUUUGCACGGUCUCUGCAUGCAAACAACAUUUUUAAGUUCAUAAGUAUCCUUUUGGUACGAGCAAAUCUAAUCAUCACAGUGUUUUGUUGUUGUUGUGUGAUUUUUAUGUAGUUUAUGUUUAUUUCUCGUUAGGUAAAGUUGUAGUGUCUUUCUCUGAGGAUAAUUUAACACUUCUGCACAUUUAAGAGCCACUUGUUCAUCUUUCAACCUGGCUAUCAUUAUCUUUGUUUUGUAGCAAUGAAGUGGUUUCUUCCAUGUAUCUGGGAAUAGUGACACAGCUCUAGUUUUGUUUCCACGUUAACGAGGCAGUUAGAUUGGCAAUUUUUCUAAGGAGGCAGUAUCAUUUAGUUCAUGUUAGGAGCAUCACAUUUCAUCAGUUUCAACUUUUUUCAGGCUUGGUAAGAGUUUAUAUUAAAAGCAUUUCGUGUGGCUGGGCUUUUUUCUGUGCAUGUUCUCUCUCCCGUCUGUUUUACAUGCUUUUGUAUCUGGGAUUUAUGUAUACACAAAGGCCCAUCCAUUAGGCCAUCAAAUCAUAGUAUAGUAGUGUGCUGAUAAAUAUAUGAAUUUCAACAUUGUAAAAUUCUGACCACUUAUAUGGGUAGUUUGUGGUGAUAAAAUAUUUUAUGAAGAAUAGAUGGUAUUUAUUCAUUAAAUCCCAAUAAAUUGGAAUUUAAAAAAAAGCAAAACUGCAGGACAGUUUAUAAAGGAGGUGGCACUUUAGGGAGCCUUCCUUUAAAGCAAAAUGUGCUAUUUAGGAAGAAGAACUGAUCUUAACUAUCAUUGCUAAUGAAUGAUAUUUAUAUUUUUAUGAAAGAAAGUCAUAUGUGAAUUAAUGUUUGGAAAUGUGGACAGUAGGAAUGUAUCCAGAAUUUUUAACCUGCCUUAUCAAGACUUUUCUGGAAACUGGAGCGUAAGUUCUAACAGUGUCUGUUUCCUUCCCUUCCCUGAUCACUUGUUUCCCAUUUUCAAGUGUAAGAUAAGGGCUAAUGACCUCUCAUAUAUUUUGAGUAAAAAUUAAAAUUGUUUCACAAGA